AUGGAGGAUGUGGAUGCUAGCCUAGGCGACAUCGGACGGCGAUGCAAUCCACGACUGGUGGGCAAGAAGUAUGCGCACUUGAACCAGAUCAAUAACGAGACGACGGAUCAGGAUGCGGCAAAGCGCGCUCUCGGAGCUCAGCUUGCACUACUUCAUCGGUGCUCGGUGCUAAUAUCGAAGAUGUUGAGAAAGCGAGGCUCGCCGCUGCUGGUAGCGAAGCUGUUGGUCAUCUCUCGCCUCCUUCAUAAACAUCUGUCCGAGCAGAAGUCUGCGCCGCCGUUUCUGGAGACACUGCGCAAUCAGCUUGCUUCGCUCCGUCGCGGUCUCCGGAGCCGGAUUGAUAAACGUAUGGCCAGUGCCAAGUCAACUACUGAGGAAAUUAUCGAAGCCCUAGCCGCAUACUGCUUGUCCACGAGUUCUUCGUCGGAUGACGCUGUUGUAUACUACCACAAGAUUCGCUUGGACGUUAUUGCGGCGCAGCUAGAUGAUGUCAGAGCUUCAGGAGAAGGCAUAUUAGCUGCCUUGCGUCUUUAUGUCCAGACUCUACAGGUGUCCAAAACACUACUUUCCCGUCGGUUCACCGAUGUGCUGGGCAAACUGAAAUCUCGACCCCUGCUCACCGACCCGGACAUUCGCAAUCUUGACGACCUUUCAAUUGAUGUGUUGGGUCGCUGGGUUACUACAGAUAUUAUCAACUUUACACCGUGGAUCAAGGUCAAUGAACAAUCCAAACAAGACACAGAGCGGACGAUCAAGAAAUGGUCAAAGGGCGCUUUCGAGGAAUUUGUGCGCCGCGGUCAAGCUAGUCUCACGACCUGGGUGGACUUCUCGCAGCUGCUUCAACUUCGCAAAGAAACGUUGGACCUCUGGCUUUGCUCUUGGAGCUCUACACCUACCCAUUCAACGUUGCAGGUUUUAGAAGGCCUCAGGGCCGUGUUCAACAGCCGGCUCACGGGCAUAUUAUCUGACAAAUCCAAGGAUCUGGAAACAUUUGGUCAAGCUGUCACAUCUGCGGUCUCAAAUUGGGGCGUAGCCCAUGGUGAUGCUCAGUCCUUGUGGGACCACGAACUGAUCUCGCUUGAUUACUCUAAUGGUGCAGCUUCUUUCAAAGAGUCUGUCACCGAUAGGCUACUCGGGCGAGAUGCAUGCAUAUCUACUGUAACGGAGAAAUACCGAGCCUGGCUUAUCACUAUCGAAAGCCUCAGGGAUUCUGUUUACGCCGUACGAGAUGUUCGAUGGCCUGACAUGGUCGAUGAAGCCACGGAUGAGAAUCUUGACAUCGACAUUGCAGCAGUCCUGAAUGAGGACGAUCCAAAGAUUCUGUGGGAUGCUCUUGAAGCAGCUGUUCGGCAGGCCUUUAAUGCUCUCCAGACAUCAUUUAGUGAGGCGUUCGCAUCUAUCCGGGAAUCAGAUCGAGGCGACAAGGUUGCAUUCAUGCUGAAACUCAUUCGACUGGUUCGGAGGGAUCUCCCGCAUGAAUUCGUUCCCAGAGAUACGGAAUUCUCAAAAGACAUUGUUCCUGGACUGCAAGAAAUACUUGCGGCAGAGGUUAUCGCGGCUACCCGGCCUUUAUACUUCGUGGCCUCGGUGAACCCCCGUACUAAGACGCUAGCUGGAAGGACGCUAUGGGAAGGCAACCCUGAGCUUCCUAUUCAGCCAUCACCCUCAACAUUCAAGUUCAUGCGCAAGAUGGUGGACUCUAUGGAUCGGCAUGGCCAUGGAGUUUGGGAUAUGUCUACCGUCUAUGUUCUUCACAAUGCUCUUCAGAAAGAGGUCUCGGAACGUAUUUCCACAUACCUCAGCGACAUGGAGUCCCCGGCAGAACAGCCUAAACCGGAGAACGAAGACGAAACACCAGUCCAGAAUGGGGACGACCAGUCUGGUGGCUCAGGCGACGCACAUCUUCAUGAUGCCGCUCUGCAAUUAUACUUCGACAAUAUUCUCCUGAACAGCGCAACUACCAACAAAGAAACGCAGCAAAGUCCACUGCAGGAAGUUGCAGAGAAGCUUCGAAAGAGCUUUGGACCUGAGGGGGAAUCAAUCAGCAAGACCCUGGAUCAGAGAGCACAUGAGUACUGGCACCGGACACGGCUGCUGUUUGGGUUACUAGCGGUUGAGACUGUUUAG